AUUACCAUUAUUGUUACUCGAGACUUCAUUUCGACAACUACGGAUUAUCAAUCAUCAUGAGUGGACGUGGUAAAGCAGGUAAAGCCAAGGGCGGCAAGUCCAAAACCAGAUCGUCUCGCGCUGGACNUUGGUGCCGGUGCGCCGGUUUACCUGGCUGCCGUCAUGGAGUACUUGGCCGCCGAAGUUUUGGAAUUGGCCGGUAAUGCUGCCCGUGACAACAAGAAAAGUCGUAUCAUUCCCAGACAUUUACAAUUAGCUAUCAGAAACGACGAAGAGCUGAACAAAUUGUUGAACGGUGUAACCAUCGCCCAAGGUGGUGUGUUGCCCAACAUCCAGGCCGUUCUUUUACCCAAGAAGACGGAUAAAGCAAAGACUGCUUAACGUCACACUCUCUACCGUGUUUGUUCUCACCUUUUAAAACGGCCCUUUUCAGGGCCACUAAUUUGUUUUAUAUAUAUUAAUGAAAUGUGUUAGGUAUCAUCAUUAUCAUAAGAUAUUCGUUAUUAUUUAAGGAUAGUACCUCCUCUUGUUUGUUAUAACGGUUAAUAAUAAUAACCAGGUCUUUCAGUUAAUAUACUUGAUACAUAUUAACCAUAACCACUUUAAUAAUAAAUGUAC